AUGGCAAACAACUCCGGUGGCAUCCCGUAUACUAACAACGGAACAAGCGGCAAUACAGACGGGCAAGAUUAUGGAAGUACAAUAUAUGAUCUGGUUUUUUCCAUUGUGAUAGCAAUUAUCACGGGUUUUAUUCUGUUCUCCAUGGGUUGCGCUACAGAUAUGAAGAAGAUGUGGGGCCACAUCAAGAGGCCAUCAGGCAUCGCUGUGGGGAUGAUGUGCCAAUUUGGGCUGAUGCCUCUGACAGCCUAUAUUUUGGCUAUCAACUUCCCUGCGAAGUCAAUCGACAUGCUUGCCACCUUUAUCAUUGGCUGUUCCCCUGGAGGUUCCCUGUCCAACUUCGUCAGUUACUGGGUGGAUGGAGAUAUGGAUCUCAGGUAGGACAACACAAUACAAUUUCUUCUGCACAUAGUGAAGGAGAGAAGCAUAACUUAGCAAUUCUGUUUCUUGGCAGGCUGGUUGCCAUGUACAAGUGGCUGGAUCCAAACCAUGCCUAAUUUGUCCCAUUGAUUUCAACAAUGGAUUCCAACCCGACUCAAUCUGGUCCUGGAUCUAGCACAGAAUGUGCUUUUUCUUUUCUUUCCUCAUUGGGGAGCAUUCAAAUGUGCAGUCUUGCACCUGCAAGCUUAAGUGUCACAAUCCAAGAAAAGUCAUGCCACAUGUUUCUGUUGUGUGCACAUAUCUGCUCUUACACUCCAGCAUUCCUAUGUGCUACAGAGACGUCUUUGGCCAUGUUUGCCAACAGGCUUUGAAAGGGAUUAGGUUGACAUGGGAUGUGCUUCUGUGCAGAACAUGUGCUUGGAGAUGUUUGUGAAGCAGUGGCCUCUUAUUUUUAAUAUUGUGACUUUAAGAUUAUGUACCAUAUAAUCAGGAGAUGACGCUAAAUGAUUCUGGACUAUUUGGCUGUAUCAGUCUUUCUGUAGUAGUUUUAUAGUUUCAUAACUGAUUCACAGAAGUGUGUUAGAUACUGUUUGUUUUGUAGUUUAAUAACCAGGGUAUCUGUUUGCCUGUAAAAAUGAAACAAACAAAAAACAAACAAAAUGCCCGGGGUGGGAAUUAAUGUCAUUGAAUGAAUGAAUGAAUGUCAUUGAUGUAUAAAAAUACGACCAUGGCAAAUACCUGGGAAUUCUCUUUCUUUAGGCCUAUAUCCUUUCUCAAUCUAUUCAUUCAUUUCUCUAGAAGCUACUUUCCAACAUUCUGUCACACUACUGUGUGACCAAGAAACAGAGCUCAAGAUGCAGAUGAAGCUAGGAUUAGUCUUGGGCCCGGUCUUAUUCAACAUCUUUAUCAACGACUUGGAUGAUGGACUCAAGGGCAUCCUGAUCAAAUUUGCAGAUGACACCAAACUGGGAGGGGUGGCUAACACCCCAGAGGACAGGAUCACACUUCAAAACGACCUUGACAGAUUAGAGAACGGAGCCAAAACAAACAAGAUGAAUUUUAACAGGGAGAAAUAUAAAGUAUUGCACUUGGGCAAAAAAAAUGAGAGGCACAAAUACAAGAUGGGUGACACCUGGCUUGAGAGCAGUACAUGUGAAAAGGAUCUAGGAGUCUUGGUUGACCACAAACUUGACAUGAGCCAACAGUGUGACGCGGCAGCUAAAAAGCCAAUGCAAUUCUGGGCUGCAUCAAUAGGAGUAUAGCAUCUAGAUCAAGGGAAGUAAUAGUGCCACUGUAUUCUGCUCUGGUCAGACCUCACCUGGAGUACUGUGUCCAGUUCUGGGCACCACAGUUCAAGAAGGACACUGACAAACUGGAACGUGUCCAGAGGAGGGCAACCAAAAUGGUCAAAGGCCUGGAAACGAUGCCUUAUGAGGAACGGCUAAGGGAGCUGGGCAUGUUUAGCCUGGAGAAGAGGAGGUUAAGGGGUGAUAUGAUAGCCAUGUUCAAAUAUAUAAAAGGAUGUCACAUAGAGGAGGGAGAAAGGUUGUUUUCUGCUGCUCCAGAGAAGCGGACACGGAGCAAUGGAUCCAAACUACAAGAAAGAAGAUUCCACCUAAACAUUAGGAAGAACUUCCUGACAGUAAGAGCUGUUUGACAGUGGAAUUUGCUGCCAAGGAGUGUGGUGGAGUCUCCUUCUUUGGAGGUCUUUAAGCAGAGGCUUGACAACCAUAUGUCAGGAGUGCUCUGAUGGUGUUUCCUGCUUGGCAGGGGGUUGGACUCGAUGGCCCUUGUGGUCUCUUCCAACUCUAUGAUUCUAUGAUUCUAGUUUUCAGCGACUAAGGCCACCCCACCAGGGUUGAAAAGCAGGUUUACUCAAUAGUACGCCUCUUUAUUUUCUCCCAUAUAAGUGAAUGAUUUCAACUCACGCCUAUAAGGGAAAGCGAAAUACUGAUAAAAUAUUGCAAGGUGGACAAAAGCUUUUACUGCUGACCUUUGGGUGGUGAUACAGCCCUCAGAGGACUGCAAUCCAUAUCUGCUUGCACAAUACACAGACUGCACCCCUUUUCUGUCAUUAUAAUGCCUUUUGGAAAGGAGAGUUUUUACCAGGAUAGAGGUGUGUGUGUGUGUGUGUGUGUGUGUGUGUGUGUGUGUAGAGACCUUUGCACAGCACUCUGUUGUACAAUGGUAAGAAUCACACCCAGUACUAUUUUUCUAGAAAAAAAGGUGCUGGAACUCACCACGAAUGCCUCCCUUGUUCUUUUAUAAUGGCAAUGGCGCCCACCUGAGAGGUGCAGGAACUGAGUUCCGGCAAGUUCCGGCUGGAAAAGAAUCCCCUGCGUUGUUCCACUAUCAUUUGCCUCUGGUCCUGCCCACCACAAUUAGCUACAACUCCUGUGUAGGAAACCCAUCUCUUGGUAAACCACUUUGAAGGGUUGUGUGUGUGUGUGUGUGUGUGUGUGUGUGUGUGUGUGUUUACAAUCAAGUGGUGUAUAACUUGAAAAAAUAAGUACAGUGGUACCUCGGGUUAAGAAUUUAAUUCGUUCCAGAGGUCCGUUCUUAAGCUGAAACUGUUCUUAACCUGAGGUACCACUUUAGCUAAUGGGGCCUCCUGCCGCCACAGAUGCACUAUUUCUGUUCUCAUCCUGAGGUAAAGUUCUUAACCUGAGGUACUAUUUCUGGGUUAGCCGAGUCUGUAACCUGAAGCGUCUGUAACCUGAAGCGUCUGUAACCCGAGGUACCACUGUAAUAAUGGUACACACACACACACACACACACUACUGUUGGGGAGCUUGUCACAAUAGAUUACAUCAUUAACUUGCCUGCAGACCAUCUCUUGCUCCCACCCAAGCCUCUUUCACUCUAUUACAGCAUCAGCAUAACGGCUCUCUCUAAUAUGGCUGCACUCGGAAUGAUGCCUCUUUGCCUCUUUAUCUGCACACGGACCUGGGAAUCUGAAGGCGACAUCACAGUCCCAUAUCAGGCCAUAGGUAUGUUUUUUGCUCGUCUUAAAACGUAGGUGACAGAAGAUGGGCUAUCCCUGCCCAGAUAGGGGCACAGCUGUGUCACCCGAAGGCAGGCACUCUAUGCCAACGAGACCACCUGAGCCUCAAGCAACAGCAAUGGACCCAGGAGGAGCCCCAAAUUGCGAACUUGCUCCUUCAGAGGGUGUGUAGUAUUGGCAAAACCUAUUGGUGUUUCGCAACUUUCUGACUAGUUGCAGGACCUUAGCCAGACCUAGUAGAGUACAUUCAGAAUCCACGGAAGCAAUUGGCGACUUGGCUGCAGACAGGAUAGAUGAAGCAGGAACCAGGAACUUGUAGUUAGGUGUUUAUUAUAUACAGUGGACUAUUUACAUGAACAGAACACGGAUCUUUUGCUAGCUGUCUCUGACACGACUCACAACUCCUACACUGACACACUGAACCACUGAACUCACACAUUCCAGUUAGUAGGCCAUUAAUUAUCACUCCUUUGAGAGAGCUUGACCAAUCAGGGAGCGGUCUCCAUGUCUCUGUUAUCACCAGGCAGACUUACUCCUUCAGAUUGCCUUCUGGCUGUCUGGCAAACCUUAAUUGACUCUGUGUGAGUAGCUGCACGUACACAGUUUCCCAGCAUGUAACUCCAUCAGGAGCAGGCAACCUCCCAUCAAUCCAGUCUAGCGAACCAUGCACAAACAGGGCCUCCGUCUAACCUGGGUUGAGCUUCAGUUUGUUAGCUCUCAUCCAGUCCGCUACUGAGACAAGACAAUGGCCCGGCAUAUCUGCAGUGCCACAUGCAGAUAUAAAGGAGAAACAGAGCAGUGUGCUAUCGGCAUAUUGUUGACAAUGUACUCCCAACAUCUGGAUGACCCCACUCAGGGGGUGGUUUCAUGUAGAUGUGAAAUGGCAUGGGGGACGAGACAAGGUGAGGCGACUGUCUCAGGAGGCAGGAUCGCCCCUUCUUUGCUGGCAGGAAGGGGCAACAUUUUGUGGUUCACCUCAGGUGCCCAAAUGUCUUGAACCGGCCCUGCUGAGAAACCCCACACUGAAGGCUCCAUGGGGCCAAACAGCUCUCUCCAAGCAUCAGACUCUGGAAACAACCAACCAAGUAGCUCUGGAACAACCACUCUGACAGCUACUCCGGAAGAAUACCAUGGUCAGUGGUAUCUAAAUUCACUGAGAGGUUGAGGAGAAUUAACAGGAACACAUUUUCCCUGUCUCUCUCUUGAGAUAACCUUGUAGGCUGUCCAAAGCAGCUUCUGUGCCAAAACCGGGCCUAGACCCUGAACGAAAUGGAUAUAGAAAAUCAGUUUUCUCCAAGAGUGCCUGGAUCUGGUCCAAGAACCUCACCCAAGAAGGGGAGAUUGGCAACUGGCUGCAAGUUACCUUGACUUUCUGAGCCCAGGGAGGGUUUCUUGAGCAGUGAACAUCCUUUCCUGCAAGGAGGCAUUAAUCACCUCCCAGGCCCAGCCAGCUGUGUCCCCCCCCCCGCGCUAAUUUUUAUCAGCCAAGAGGGGCAAGGGUCCAGAGCGCAAGUGGUCUCUGAAAGCCCCUUCUGCAGUACUUCCCAAACACCUGAAAACCAACUGAACAGAUCUACAUUUGACUCCUCUCUUUUUGAGGGGCAACUCUUCUUAGCCUUACUAAUAUCUACCGUUGGUGACAUUUCUGUUAAAUAUAGAAGGCCGUUGCACAGCACUUUGCAAAUACCCAACAACCCAGCUGAGUAGACCUACAUUUGACAUGCACUAACCUUCUCUUGUUGUCUUUGUCCAUGGAGUUUUCUUGGCAGGGAAACUGGAGUGGCUUGCCGGUUCCUGCUCCAGGUGGAUCACGUUUGGUCGAAACUCUCCACUAUGACCUGUCCAUCUUGGGUGGCCCUGCACGGCAUAGCUCAUAGCUUCUCUGAGUUAUUCAAGCCCCUUCACCACGGCAAGGCAGUGAUCCAUGAAGUGUCUGGCGUGCUCUGGUCCAUGGGGUCACGAAGAGUCGGACACGACUAAACAACAAAACAACCUUUUCUUUUCCUUUUUAGGGACAACUCUUUUCAGCUUUGCUAUACCCAUCACUUGUGGUUUUUGGGUGAAGUAUAGGUGGCCCAGGCAAUCCCAAAUCAUUCUCAAGGUAAACUUGGGAGGCACAUUCCUGUUAAGGAAUUAAAAACUCCUGCACGGAACAAAAGCAAGCAAAGAUAUACAAUGUAUUUCACCCUAUUUCCGCCAGUCCACUCAAGGCGAUUUACAAUCCAAAGCAGUUGCCAUUGAUGUUAUUUUUAAAAAAGGGAAAAGGAAAGGAAAAAAGAAAACGGACGGGAUGGCAAAUGCUAAUUCAAUCUCAGAUGCCACUUCUUCCUGUAUGAUUACGUAAGGAUGAGGGUAGAAUGACUAUUGAUGGAGAUGGUUCUGGGAGGAGGAAGGAUGAGCCAAGUGAUGAAAACCAAAUGGAAUGACAUGCUCCACCUUUCUCUUUGUCCAUUUGUAACAGGCUGGAAGCACCAUUGGAGGCUUUCUAUGGGUAGUCCCGACAGUAGCCUACUUACUGACAUUUCAAGGUUCUUGGAUUGUGGACUACUCUCUUCUGAUAGUUGCAGCAGUGCUCCCAGUGACUGGCUACCUUGGUGGCUUUCUGCUGGCCCGUCUCACCUGCCAGUCUUGGCAAAGGUACCCGAUAACUUGAUUAUUUAUUUGCAGGAACUGCUUAUAGCCUGCCCUUUGAUCAACACAAGAGACCAGUCCAGGGUACAAGAAAUAAGAACGCAGCCCAAUGGUGUGGGCAAGAUACCAUGCUUCUUGGACUUCUGUGCUUCCAAGCUGAUGUGGGGUGGCUUGGUGGCUCCAGGGGUGCUGUGAACACACCAUCGCAUGAUCAGAUGUCGUCAGCUGCUCUUGAAGAGGUGGUGGUGUGGGUUGCUCCUUAAAAAGGAGGCAAUGUAGCAACUAUUGGCCAGUCACCAACCUUCCAUUUUGGGUAAAGGUGGCAGGAAGGGUGGUGGCAGGGAUACUUAAAAGUGUUCCUGGAUGACACUGAUUAUCUGGAUCCUUUUCAGUCUGGGUUUAGGCCUGGAAUGGAAUCAGCCUUGGUCACUUGAGAGGGUGACCUAUAGCAGGAGAAGGACAGGGAGACUGCAAUCUUGUGCUUACUUGAACUCUCAGCAGCCUUGGAUACCGUUGACCAAGGUAUCCUCCUGGACUGAUUGAAUUGGCCAAUUUUGGGAGUGGAAAGUUUUCAGACCUUUUCGGACCUGUCGAAUCUUCCCCCAAGUGACUCUGUGUACAGAGAAUUUCAAAAUCUUUGUGCUUCCAGGUGUCGGACGAUUUCUGUGGAGACAGGAACUCAGAUACCUCCUGGACUGGUAUCCUCCUGGACUGAUUGACUGGAAUUGGCCAAUUUUGGGAGAGGAAAGUUUUCGGACCUUUUUGAACCUGUCGAAUCUUCCCCGAAUCUUCCAGGAAGUGACCUUUAGAGAAUUUCAAAAUCUUUGUGCUUCCAGGUGUCGGACGAUUUCUGUGGAGACAGGAACUCAGAACUUGAACUUGCCCAUUGCUGUGUUCCAGCUGUCUUUGAAUUUCCAGCAUUUCAUCCAGAUAUAUCCAUCCAUUGUGAUCUAUAGCGCGUUUCAGUUGCUAAAUUUAUCCCUUAUGGUUUCAGGUAGGUAACUCCAUUCAAAAACGUGCCCCGAGGAAAGCGAAAACAACUGGGAAGUACCAAAGACAGGUCUAAUGUAUAGAGAAGCAGUAUUCAGAAUAGGAAAGGGGCAGUUGUUGUUUACUGUUUUGUUUUGUUGGAUGAGGUCCAGAUGUUCUUAUUUUAUUGCUGAUUCAAAAUGUUUAAAUAAGUGCUCAAACGGAUGAAAUAAUUGGUGAGGGAUGCAAUUAAGAACAUUUAUAUUAGUGUCCCCCCCCUUUUAAUUAAAUCCCUUAGAAAGACUUCACACGUUACAUUUUUUAACGUAAAGUAUAGAUGUGAUUGGGACGCAGGUAGUGCUGUGUGUUAAACUACAGAGCCUAGGGCUUGCCGAUCAGAAGGUUGGCGGUUUGAAUCCCCAUGACGGGGUGAGCUCCCGUUGCUCGGUCCCUGCUCCUGCCAACCUAGCAGUUCAAAAGCACAUCAAAGUGCAAGUAGAUAAAUAGGUAUCUCUCCGGCGGGAAGGUAAAUGGCAUUUCCGUGCGCUGCUCUGGUUUGCCAGAAGCGGCUUAGUCAUGCUGGCCACAUGACCCGGAAGCCGUACGCCGGCUCCUUCGGCCAGUAAAGCGAGAUGAGCACCACAACCCCAGAGUCAUCCGCGACUUGACCUAAUAGUCAGGGGUCCCUUUACCUUUUUAUAGAUGUGAUUAACACAUAUAUUACUGGCUGUAUAAGCAUAUAGUUUUGGCCACAGCUACCUAUGCCAAGUUUACAUUUGGUAGCAAACACAGGUGCUCCUCUAUAUAACAGGGAAAACCACUGUGGAGUUAAAAGCGCAAACUUUUAUUUUGAAGUCCUUAGUGAGAACCGAAGAAGACCUCAAGCUACUCAUUCGGGCCAAAGGUCUAUCUAGUAGAGCAUCCUGUUCUCAGCCACAUGCUUCUGGGAAGCCCUGAAAGCACCAUGUGCGUGCAACAGCCCUCUGCCCACUUGUGCAUUGCAAGGGGUUGGGCUGGAUGAUCUUUGGGGUCCCUUCCAACUCUGCAGUUCUUUGGUUCCACAUGCUCCCCAGUAUUCAGAAGCUGGUUGCCCAUGAUGGUAUGGGGGUGGUUAUACCUUUUCAAUACUGUUCAUGCCUGCAAAAGGUUUUGGGCAAACAUACUGGUUCAUUUCCAAGCGGUGCACAUCUUGUAACUUCCUGUUGAAAACCUGUGACUUUUUAUAAGUGUUCUGAGCAUAGCUGUCAACUUUUCCCUUUUCUUGCGAGGAAUCCUAUUCGGAAUAAGGGAAUUUCCCUUAAAAAAAGAGAAACGUUGACAGCUAUGGUUCUGAGGUGUGUGCAUCUCACUUUUGCUGCUCCUUCAGACGACAAAAUGCAUUGGGCAAGCAUUGCAGCACAACGAAGGAAGUGGAAUUAUGCAAGGGUGGGUCCGGAAUAAAUCCAGCAUGAAUGUUGACAUGUUGUGGCAGAAUAUGCCCUCCCCCCCCCAAAAAAAACCCCAACAACAACCAGCCCAGUGUGGGUGGGCACCGAGUAUUUCCGUCCUGGACUAUCACUCAAGCAGUCUCCUAAGUCAUUUUAUUCAUUUGCUUUGCACGCAGGUUAUCAGAUUUAUAAGAAAUGUCUGGGAAGAGCAGCAGCAGCAGCAGCAGCAGCAGCAGCAGAAGAGAGACCAUCUGAUCCUCAGGUCACAAUGUCAGGCAAUUUGGGCAGUGAAAUCAACUUGCGAUUUGAAAUGGAGCACGAAGUCAAUUCCAAAAUGGAAAAUAGUUUCAAAGUUCUUUAGCUUCAUCAGGAAACUAUGUGUGACGGGUGUGUGAUUCAAAUCCUAUGUACGUACCAUCCAUUUAAAGCACGAUUAAAUUUUCUGUUUUACAGUUUAAAGUACACAUUUUUACAUCCUUAAGAUAUCAAUGACUUCCC